AUGGAUAUCCGCCGAGCGCUGCACACCACCAUCUUCACUGACCACCAACGACAGGUGUGCGACUACGCGCUCGUCUACGCGGAGAAGAAGAACGACGGCGAAGCGCCGUACUCGGUCUCCUUCACCGCGACGCAGAGCGGCGACGUCAUCGUACAGCUGCACCCGCACUCGCAGCUCGAGCGCGCGGGCCGCGGUGCCAGGGGCCGUGCCGAUGCUGGACCCCGUCUCGUUGACAAGAACGCGCUGUCCGCGCGCGGCAGCGGGCCCUCGCGCCAGUCGCGCUCGCCGUCGCCCGACUCUCCGCCCGCCAAGCGGGCCGCCUCCGCUGACUCGUCCGGCUAUGAAACCGAUACGCCGGACGAGGUGCAGCAGGAGGCGGUCCGCAGGGUAUGCGGCGCGCUCGGCAUGAGGGAGCAGUUCGAGGCGGCGAUGGCGGCGGGCGAGCUGCUCGAGAUGCUCGAGAGCUUGCCGCGAGGGGCGGUCGAGGCCUCCGUUCGGCUGAUGCGCGGUUACAACCGCACGGGCGAGUGGCCAGAGCCCAUCCUCACCAGCCCUGCCCCGCAGCGCGGCCGCUCGCCAAGCCCCGUCGAUGAGUGGUCAGAUGGUUAG